UAUUCUCAGACUGAACACAUGAGGAUGUCUGGCAUGUACUGGGGUCUUACCGCUCUAGAUUUAAUGGGAAAGUUAGAACAAACUAAUAAGGAAGAAGUGUUAGAAUUUAUUAGACAAUGUCAAAGUGAUAGUGGUGGCAUCAGUGCCAGCAUACAACAUGAUCCACAUUUACUUUAUACACUUAGUGCAAUUCAAAUAUUAUGUAUAUAUGAUGCCUUGGAUGUAAUAAAUGUUGAUAAAGUCGUCAAUUAUGUUAAAGAAAGACAACAACCAGAUGGAAGUUUUGUGGGUGAUCAAUGGGGUGAAGUAGAUGUCAGAUUUUCUUUCUGUGCCGUUGCUACUCUGUCACUCUUGGUAAAUAUCAUUGAGUAUAAAUUACAUUAA